ACCACAACAUCGCAGCCCUCAGAAACUAGACGAUUCGUCCAGAAACUCAGCCUAGAGAGAGAAAGAGAUAGAGAGCAAGAGAGGGAGAAGGCAAAAAUGGCAUCGUUGCUGAAAUCUUUGGUGGAUCCAAGGAAGAACUGGUUCGCCCGCCAGCACAUGAAGGCCGUCUCCCAACGCCUCCGCCAUUACGGGCUUCGAUACGACGAUCUGUACGAUCCCUACUACGAUUUGGACAUAAAGGAGGCUCUGAGUCGUCUGCCGAGGGAGAUUGUGGACGCUCGUAACCAGCGCCUGAAGCGCGCCAUGGACCUCUCCAUGAAGCACGAAUACCUCCCCGAGCAUCUUCAGGCACAGCAAACACCAUUCAGGAGCUACCUUCAGGAAAUGCUGGCUCUGGUCAAGAGGGAGAGAGAAGAGCGUGAGGCUUUGGGAGCUUUGCCACUCUAUCAGCGCACCAUUCCAUAAGUAUGUUAUUGCUUCUUGUAGCUAUUUCUCUGUUGGAACGAGUCUUGGGAUGAAAUGUUAGCAUUGUUUAUGAUAGAUGUUUCAAUACCUAAGGAAAGAUUGUGUUCUGUCCUAGAAGCUUUUCCAAAUUGUUGGCCAUUUGAGGAUCGAAAUUGAGACUUACUUCAUGGUUGUCAUAUUCUGGGAGUCGGUUUUCCAAUAAUAAUGUGUGAUCCAACUUUCAACUUUAA